AUGGCGCUACAGCACAACCCGAGGAAUGAUCCUCUAGAGGUGUCGGGACUAUCGUCGAUUGACCAUAAGAGAAACAUCGGCCACGACACCUUCGUUGAGGAAGAACAACACCCCGGGCCAUCCGAUAUUGAUUUUGUAUCUAUGGCUAUGUUCAUUAUAGGCAAGUUCUCGCAUGAACAGAUCCCGGCCCUCAACAAUGGUGUAGCCAGUGCUGACCGUUGGAUUGUCGACAUGGGGAGCGAUUUCCCAACGAGCCUCACACAGAUCAUCGAUUCCUGGGAGACCUCUGCCCUCAUACGAUCAAACCCCGAGCGUCUUACCACUCGAGCCUGGAAUGGUUACACUGCCAGGGAAGACGUGAUUUCAAAUAUAUGA